AUGUGUACUUUCUGUUACACCCCUUACAUUGGGUGCCCCAAAGGACGACGACACUACUACCUCCAAUGGUUGAAAUGCAAGACAGCCAUCAAGAAAGGCCACAGCUAUUGUCCCAUCGGCAAAUCUACCGAGGUUAGAGAACUUCAAAAGCUUUCUGGAAACAUUCUCGCUUGCCCGUUCCAUACGCAUAUCGCCAUCCAGCAGAUUGAGUUUGAGUUUCGUCAACGAGACGAAAUCCCAAGUCCGAUAGAGCCGUCGGAGCCUUCAUCUCCCACCACAUCCAACACAACAUGUGUAGCUUCUGACGACGAAUCCGAGGUUGAGGUUCACCAAGCAAGUCAGAAGUCGGUGUACAGGCCUUCCAGCACCGCAGUGUACCUCGAUCUAAGGUUUCCCAACUCGGCUCCUAUUCAAAGGCACAAGUCAGCAUCACCUUUGAAGACAGAGGUCACAAGGACACAACGAAGUACAGACGGGGGUUUAGACGUCCGCAAUGAACCCAGCGAAGCCCUUGAUUGCCAUCAAACUCCUCCCAGCAAUGGCAAGAGACGUCCGGUAAUCAGCCCAGGACUCCCAGCUAGCCCGGCUGCCUACCGUCACUGUCGAAGUCGGAGCCAGCCCUCGUUACAGCCACACGCCAAACCCACCCUCAAAGCUCUCAAAACGGAGCGAGAUUCGAGACGAAAAGAAUCGGUGAACAUCAACAAGCUCUCGAUACCAGCCAACUACCUUUCUGCACCCAGUCCUCCACCACCAGAAAUCAUCACGACCUUACCCACUCCAGUUGACCAGGCCAAGCCACCCAAUCCCGACCUCUUGGCUCGCCGUCUGGGGCCCUCGACCGCACUUACCAUAACGAUUACUAAAGCCCCCAAGAUUGCCCUCCAGAAGAUCACAUCCUCCAAGUCCGAGCCGGACCUCAAGUCGAAAUCCAACGGUCCCGAAUCAAGUCAAUUCGCCACAAGUGCCUCUUCCCACCACACAUUCGAUUCCUUCCUCACCCCCUCAGGUACUCUCCAGUCCGACUCUUACUCUGCGCCCACCACCGACAUCAUCGGCGGCAGCAGUGCAAGCAGUCUCCUCGCCCGUCUAAAAGACGGCACCUCUACAACUCUUCACCAUCACUCCCUGAGUCGCACACUCAGCGCCAGCACCAGCACUGGCACCAACCGCCGCCGCCGUCAAGCACCAGCCACAACAGACCCCAAGAACAUUGCGCCAUGGGACCGGGUGCAUUUGCCCGUCUCCAUUUCCAACCCUGUUAACCUUGAAGUUGGAGAUGGCAGGAUAGCCAAGAACGGCACCAUUGCCAUUGCCAGCUGCUGA